GACCUUAACGGGGUUCCGUAUUUUACUCGCUAGUUUCGUCCAAUGCGAUGAUUGUGCGUCAUAUUUUGAAUGUGAGAGUGGCGGUUAAAUCCGUAACGCUUAUGUUUAUUGAACUAAAUCAGCGACCAAAAUAACCAUUAAGUUAGCUUUUAUUGUGUUUAUGCGACAUAGAGAUUGACAUUAAACAUGUCAUCAAUCCGUGGAUUGUCACACCCCAGAUCAGACAGAACCCCAUUCAGAGAUGUACAAAAUGAACUGGACAAUUUACAGGACACUCAUUUAAUUCCUAAACAUGCAUCAAUGCAUGAGAUGGUCCAUAAAAUCAAGCAUGAAGAUGUUACUGAGGAAAAAUCCAACAGCAAACCGGCUGUCUGUAGUGAUGAACAAACCGUAAAAGUCACUGAUGAACAUCAGGACGUUACAUUAAAGUCUUUUGUGUGUCUUGAAGGAGAAAUUCUAGUUGAGGAUGAACAUGUAAUGUCAAAUGAGUCUAUUCUCAUUAAGCGUCUGGCUAUGGAGAACAAUCAACCACCUGAAACUGACCUAAAUGAAACCUAUGAAGCAGAAUGCACAAAUGAUAAUCAGACCAAUGGAGAGCAUAUCGAACAUCCAUACUCUCAUGAGAGGAGAUUUUGUGGUUCAGAUCAGAAGGAAGACGUCUCUACUUGUGAUCUGGGAAAUGUAACACUCCUGAGCUUGAGUGGGGAGGUGCUGAUAUCAGAUGGCUCAGUCAAUACUGAUGAAUCCAUUCUCGCAAAGGACCUAGUAUCAGAAAAUCAUUUGCAAUGUCCUGGUAACAAUACUCACCUUUCUGAAAGCUGCACUGAUGUACAUUGUCAGGCUAUGGACCACUCUUACUGUAAUCUGGAGUCCCAUGUGUCUUCAAAUGAAGACAACAGCCAAAGUACAACCUCUCAGUCAACUGAUGAAAAUGUCACUACUGAGACAACAAAUACAGGCAACCUAAACAAUCAUGGGCAUGCUGAUCCCUCUGAAAGAUGUGAUGAUGUCCAAUCUAAUAGACAAGGAGAUAUCACAUUUAAAUCCUUUUGUUGCUCUGGGGUUGAAAUUGAAAUUGCUGAUCUAUCUAAGGUGUCUGAAAUGUCUUUGUGUAUGGAGAAUUCUGCUGGGUUACAGAAUCAGUGCUGUUUGAAUGACAUCAGUGAAGACGAUGGUCACAGCAUUGCUGUUUGGACGACUGAUAGCAAACACCUUGAUCACGUAUACUGUAAUACUGAAGAAAAUGUUGAUUUAUCAAUGGCAAAGUCAGAGGUCCACAAUGUGAUGAACACUGAAAUUGAGGUCUGUACCAAGUCACAGAUUUUAUUAGCAAGCCAAGAAAAAUCUGGAAAUGUGAUACAAGACAAAAUGUCUGGAUCUGUUAUGUUCUGUGAAAAGGAAGCGGAGACAUCACUUGUCAGCAAACAGACAAGCCAGCACUUGUCAACACUGAGCCAUUGUGAAGAUGAGAUUGGAAGUUCUGAUGUUGUACAGUUAGAUACUGAGCAGUCCAUCAGUGGCAAUAAACAAAAGGUGUCCAGUGAUGAAAUCUUGGUCAUGGAGAAACACCCUGACCAACAUCUAGAGCCAUUUUCACAUGCUGAGGAAAAGGAGGUUGUGUCUUGUCAUCAAGAUGCCUUUUCUGAAAAUACUGAUCCAGAAACCAGCCAUGUCAAAGAUAAUGCACUGGACUUAAAAGCAGUGGAAAUUCUUCCAGAGAUAGAAGUUAUGCGCCUAUGUGAUCAGUCUGGUGAAGCUGUCUCUGUCCAGCAAGAUUAUGCCAGUGCUAUUGCUCUAACAGGUUCAUGCACUCCGAAGACGUCCACUGUAAGCAGGAGUGUUUCGCAUGAUGCCAUAUUGAGCCAUCUGUGGCCUGAGCUCCCAGAGAGUCCCUUGGCUCCUCCGCAGUUCAACUCCACAACCCUGGCAAAUGCAUUUAGCUACACACCUACUCCUGUAAAACCACCCCAAGAAAAGGAUCUGGAAGUUAAAGUGGCUUCUGGACAGGACCAGAAGGUGUCAAUUGACCCUGCUGUUUUGAGCAACGGGCCUCUUCAGGAACAGCUCAGACAAAUGGCUGAACUGUUGAUACUUGCGUCUGGGAAAAUGGUGGGUCCGGCACCAGCAAACCGCUGCAGUGCUUCAGUAGGCACUUCUCCAGUAGAGAAGCGUAGUGUUUCUGUGUGCAGAACCCCAGUUCAGCGAAUGGAAAAGAGCAUUAAUACUUCAGCGGUGGAGAUUGUGAAGGAGGUUAAUGUUUCUGAUGCCAGCACAACAACGGAUUCUCUGCUAUGGAAAUGGACAUCUGGAAACCUGGAGCAUCUGUCCAGAUCAGAAGUUGAGCAGAGACUGACUUCCACUCUCAUCAUGGUGGAGGUCCUCUCCCAGCAGCUCGCCUCUGCACGGGGUUACAAUCCAAGCAAAGAAACUUCUCCUUCUGAUCUUAGAGAUAAACUUAUCCAGACAGACCACACAGAGCUCAGACAGAAUGGGACAUACAAAGAUUUGUAUGUGAUUGCCCAGGAGAAAAUUCAGAGUCUCGAGCAUGAUCAAGAAAUUCUUCAGAGUUUAUAUAACCGCAUUCAAGAAAUGAGGGUUGGAAUGAAUUCUGUUAAGACAUGCACAGAGGAUGCUAUCUUCACAAUGAAACAGAUUGGAGACAUUGUUCAUGUUGAUCAGGAAACCUUAUCUGAACAAGUCAGGCAGAUGAAGUCUCUGUACAGGAGGUACAGGGAGACACUGCAGCGGAUGGUGGAGAAGAUGGCGGACAUGAGACAGAACAUGGAAAAUGCUUUAGAGGAGAAGGAAGCGGCCUUCAGUGUGACUCAGCAGUUGAGGGAGUAUCAUGCUGCUCAGGUGGCAGAACUGGAACGCAAUGUUGGAUCUCACCAGGAACUGAUGGCGGCUCUCAAGCUGGCCUACCCAUCCUUGAUGGAACUGAGUAAGUCAUAUACAGAGUCCAUCGGUGCUGCCAAUGUCCAUCUCAGAAGGAAGCACGAGGAUCACACAAGUUUGUUAGAGGAGCUGAGAAAAGCUCAAGAUCUGAUUCAGAGGACAUACCCAGUGCUUCAUAAGCUCCAUCAGAGAGCCAUGAAUGCCAUGGAGGAGAGCAAGGAGCAUCUGGCUAUGAGAGACAGAGCUGUGGAGGAGAGAGACCUGAUGGAAAACGAACUAGACCAACUGAGUUCAAGAUUGCAAGAUGCCAGUGAACAGAUUGCAGACUUGAACAUGCAGCAGACCAUCAUGACUACAGAGAUGUCAGUGCUAAGGGAGCAGUUGAGUCAGGCAGAAGAAGAACGUUCACAGCUACAGAGGACCAAUACUGAGCUCUCAGUUACUGUCACGUCCACACUGGCAUCUUACACCUUCCUAGAACAAACCCUCGCUUCAGAGACCAGCAAGUCACAGCAGGCAAUGCAUGAGAGUCAUCAGGCUGCUGACAGAGUGAACUGUCUGGAGGCAGCGUUGGAGUCAUCCAAACAACAAAUAAAGGAUUAUGAGGCAGCGCUAUCACAGAGAGAAACCCUAAUUCAAAAGCUUCACGCUGAGGCUGAGAUUAAUCACCAUCAGCUCAGUAAACUUGCUCGGCUUCAGACUGAACUCUUCAGUGCCAAAGAAAUGACAGAGUUUCUGCAGGCAGAGAAUGAACUGGCACGGGAACAGAUGGAGGAAACUGAGAGACUGCUUUGCUCUCACUUACAGGGCCUCAGAGAGAGAAAUCUGGAGUGUGAAGACCUCAAACUGUCACUGGAACAACUUCGGUUUGAGAAGGACUCUCUUCAGGAAGAGCUGGACAGCACACGAGAAAAAGCUCGCCACAUGCUGCUGGAACAAGGAGAGAAGAUAGCCCAGGCAUCUAAUGAUGUUAUUCUUCUGAAUCAAAAAGUCUGCUGUAUUUCUAACACCAUAAAGGAAUCCCUAAGCAAAGAGGUAUCUCAGGGUUCAGAUAAGAUAGUACAGUCUUAUCAACAUCCCUCUGGCUCCUUUGUGGAUUCCAUUAUGGUGGCCAUGAUGAAGACACAAGAUCCUCAGAAGGAGCAUUCUGUGGGUUCAGAGGAUAGCGUGAUGCAACAAGAUAGUAUUGGCAGUGAAAUCAGUGCUUUCACCCGAAUACCCUCAACUGCACACACAGAAGUGAAAGAAGAGAGACGAAGCUGUGUGUUGGAGCUGUUGUCUGAUCUUGGCGAGACCAUUUCGGACCUACAGUUCACCAUUGACCAGCUGAGAGUCCAGAAAGACACAGAACAGCAAGCUCUGCGGCAGACCAUAUGUGGCCUCCAGGAGGCGCAGCAGGAAACGUCUCAAAGAGACACAAUGGAGAUCUCAGAGCUGAGGCAGAAUGUAGAGAGACUGCAGACUCAAGUGGAGAAGGAUGCUGCGGCCCUGCAGCAAAAAGCUCAGGAGGAAAGAAGCCUGAGGAAACUCUGUAGUGAGUUGGAGGAAAACAUGGAAACAGCUCAAAAAUACAGAGUAGAGAAUAGUGAGUUGCGUCGAGAGGUUGCUGAUUUGCGUCGAUCGCUGCAGCAGGCACAGGUGGAAGCUCAGGUUCUGAGAGAGGAGCUUAAGCAAACAGGCUUCCAAUCAGCAGCCAGUACUACAGCAUUAGAUGAUCGAAUUAAACUGCUCAGAGAGGUUGAGAAACUCAAGGCAAAUUUAAUGGAAACCGAGGAAAAUCGUGCCAAGGUCCUAGAGCGAGCAAAAAGACAUCAAAGGGUCCAUGCCAUGAACCAGAGUAAACUGGAGCGAGAACUACAUAUGCUCGAUGAUAUGAUUGAGACAGCGAGGCGGACAUUGUCUUCUAUUCCUGAUCUUGUCAAGAGUUGUCCUGAACUACAGAAACUUGUAGAAUUCCUUGGAUAAGUUACAACAUUGCAAAUUCUGUUAUUUUUUAAGCAUUUAAAUGUUUUUUAUCAUUAUUUAACAUUAGUUUAAGUUCUUAUUUAAACUAAAGCAUGUGUUAUGUGGCUGUUGAAAUGUGAGCCAAUCAGCUCAUUCUGUAAAUUGUCACAAUCUUGAAAAAAUAAAAUGUGUUAAAAAUGUCUUCUAAUAAAGGCCUUAACAGGGUUUAA